AUGGGUGUCUUGGCCCAUCUUGCAGUACAAAGGCGAUCUUUGGGUCGAGAAAUUCAAAAACUAGCAAAUGAUGGAAUUAGAUUGGAUGAGACCGAAGAAGGAGAUAUAACUGCUUAUGCCUUAGCGCAAUCCUGCCUUGUUGCGCAUCAAGUCAAAGCCGAGCAUCAGAGGCCUGGUGGCCUAGCUCAAGACAUAAAGAUACCACAGUGGAAGUGGGAGAUGAUUAAUAUGGAUUUCGUAGUAGGUCUACCUCGCACAUACCGUAAGCAUGAUUCCAUUUGGGUUAUUGUAGACCAACUGACAAAGUCCGCACAUUUCCUACCGAGGCCCUCAGUUCACAGCGCAUUUUUGGCAAGCAUUUCAGAAAAGAUUAGGUACCAAGGUCAAUCUGAGCAGCGCUUUCCAUCCACAUACAGAUGGUCAGGCAGAAAGGACGAUUCAGACUCUCGAAGAUAUGCUGCGUGCGUGUGUUUUAGAUUUUGGAGGUCUCCAGUGGGUUGGUUUGAACCAGCAAAGGUGCCGUUGAUUGGUCCAGAGUUUGUUUGUGAGGCCUUGGAGAAAUUUCAGCUAAUUAGAGAAAGACUUAAAGCGGCUCAGAGUCGUCAAAAGUCUUAUUCUGACAAGAGGCAUCGGGAGUUAGAGUUAAUGGUUGGUGAUAAGGUGUUUUCGAAUGUUUCACCAAUGAAAGGAGUAAUGAGGUUUGGGAAGAAAGGGAAACUUAGCUCUAGAUUUAUCGGACCUUAUGAAAUUCUAGAAAAGAAAGGAAACGUGGCUUAUAAGCUAGCGCUACCCGUUGAGCUGUCCUCCGUUCAUCCUGUCUUUCAUGUGUCUAUGCUUAGAAAGUACAUUCAUGACGAGUCGCAUAUAAUACCUGCCGAUACCAUAGAAACUAAAGAAGGUUUGAUUUAUGAAGAGGUACCUAUAGAAAUUCUCGAUAGACAAGUAAGAAAGUUGAGAACAAAUGAUUUAGCAUCGGUAAAGGUUUUGUGGGAGUAA